CAAACACAUGGCCCAUGCAGGUAUCGCGAAAUUCGCGAGUGCGUUCUGUUUUUUGUUAGUUUAAAACGUUUGUUGUUAACUAACGUUUGUGAUGUUGUCAACAUUUGUGCGUUCCUAAUGAUAUAAAGAUAACAUUUAUUCUUUUUUGUAUAAAAUUUUCUUAAAAGAAAAAAAAAAAUAGAAAGUAAGAAGAUAGUUUUAACGCAUAAUAUCUCUAGUUCGGAUGCUGUUUUAGCCUGCCGGUAAUCAUAACCAAAUUUAAUAGCAAAAUGGAAAUCGCAUUUGUAAAGAUGUCAGCAAUAACGCUAUUUGUAGUCGUAAUUGCUGCUUUAAUUGGUCAAAGUGAAGAAAUAGCUGUCAUGAGCAUUGACAUUGGCAGCGAAUGGAUGAAAGUUGCUAUCGUUUCGCCAGGUGUACCUAUGGAAAUAGCUUUGAAUAAAGAAUCGAAAAGAAAAACACCGGUUACGAUAGCAUUUCGAGACGGAGAACGGACAUUUGGCGAAGAUGCACAAGUUGUAGGACUUAGAUUUCCACAAAGCUCUUUCUCUUACAUAUUAGAUCUUUUAGGGAAGUCUAUAGAUAAUCCGAUGAUUAAACUUUAUUCCAAGAGAUUUCCUUAUCAUGAUAUAAUAGCUGAUGACGAACGACAAACGAUAGCAUUCAAAGUCCAUGAAAAUAUUACUCAUACGCCGGAAGAAUUGCUUGCACAGAUGCUUCACAAAGGAAAAGAAUUUGCAGAACUUUCUGCUGGACAAAAAAUUAAUGAAGCAGUGAUUACUGUACCAGGAUAUUUCAAUCAAGCUGAAAGAAGAGCUUUGUUACAAGCAGCUGAACUUGCAGAAAUCAAAGUACUACAACUUAUCAAUGACUAUACCGCAGUCGCUUUGAAUUACGGUAUAUUUCGUAGAAAGGAAAUUAAUGAUUCUAUUCAAUACGUAAUGUUUUAUGAUAUGGGAGCCAGCAGUACAACAGCAACAGUGGUCAGUUAUCAAAAUGUUAAAACAAAGGAAAAAGGAUUUGUCGAAACUAAUCCUCAUGUUAACAUAUUGGGUGUAGGGUAUGAUCGUACCCUUGGAGGAUUAGAAAUGCAGAUCAGAUUGCAACAUUAUUUGGCGAAAGAGUUUGACGCUUUAAAUAAAACUCCAAAUUCAAUAUUUAAUAGUCCAAGAGCAAUGGCAAAACUCUUCAAAGAAGCUGGACGCGUUAAAAAUGUACUUAGUGCCAAUGCCGAUCAUUUUGCGCAAAUUGAAGGUUUGAUAGACGAUUAUGAUUUUCGAUUACAAGUUACCAGAGAAACUUUGGAAAAUAUUUGUUCUGAUUUAUUUGAACGUGUGUCAAAUCCUGUAAAAAAUGCUCUAGAAACUUCAGCUUUGACAAUGGAUGCAAUAUCUCAAGUAGUUCUGGUGGGAGCUGGUACACGUAUGCCAAAAAUACAAGAAAAAUUGAUGGAAUAUGUGAAAACAGACUUAUCUAAAAACAUGAAUACGGAUGAAUCUGCUGCAUUAGGUGCAGUUUAUAAAGCAGCAGAUCUCAGUCAAGGUUUUAAAGUAACGAAAUUUAUAACAAAAGAUGCAGUUUUGUUUCCUAUUCAAAUUGUAUUUGAUAGAAAUGCCGAUGGCAGAAUAAAACAGGUUAGAAGAACUCUUUUUAAUAAAAUGAAUGCUUAUCCGCAAAAAAAGAUUAUUACAUUUAACAAACAUACUGAAGAUUUCGAAUUUCAUAUAAAUUAUGCUGAAUUAGAUCAUUUACCCGUUAGUGAGAUGAAUGCCGUCGGAAAUUUGAACUUAUCAACUAUAAAAUUAACAGGUGUGGCUGAAGCUUUAGAAAAGCAUGCUAAAGAAGGAGCUGAAAGUAAAGGGAUAAAAGCUCAUUUCAAUAUGGACGAAAGUGGUUUACUUAAUUUAGUAAAUGUAGAAUUGGUCUCAGAAAAAACAGGAACCACUGCUGAGGAAGAAGAGGGUACAUUUUCAAUGCUUGGUUCAACUAUUAGUAAACUCUUUGCUGGUUCUGAUAAUAAAGAGAGAAUUGAAAAAACUGAAGAAUCAACAAAAGAAGAUAUUAAGCCAGUACACGAAGAGCACGAAUAUUCAGAUCCUCCUUCCAAAGAAACAGAAGACAAAUCUCAGAGUAAAAAUCAGACCAAGUUAAACGAAGAGAAGGCAGGAAACAAGACAGAGAAAUCCGAGAAAGAAAAGAAACCUAUUACUGUAACUAUAAAAGAACCUAUUAACGCAGAAGAGAUCAAAUUAGGUUCAAAGACGUUAGACGAAAAGAAAUUUUCGAAAUCGAUUGAAAAGAUUCAUUACCUCGAUCAACAUGAUCGAGAAAAAACACGGCGCGAGACAGCUUUAAAUAAUCUUGAAUCAUUUGUGAUUGAUGCACAACAAAAAUUAGAAAUGGAGGAUUAUGCUGCAGCAGCGACUUCUGGAGAAACAGAGAAAAUAUUAAAAGCGUGUACAGAAAUUUCUGAAUGGCUAUAUGAAGAUGGAUUUGAUGCAAC